AUGCAGUUGUCCAGCAUCAUGAUUGCCGCCGCUGGCGCCUCGGUCGCCGCUGCUCAGGACUACGCCGCUCCUCCUGCUGCUGGUCUGGAUACCACAACACUCACCUCGACCACUACCCGGGUUAUCACUCUUACUCAGUGCAACCCUACUGUGACCGACUGCCCCCUUCGUACCACAACCUCGACUGAGGUUGUCAUUACUACUUCGACUGCUGCGCCCGAGGUUCCUACCACCUCUGUCUACGUGCCCCCUACCACCAGCGUCUACGAGCCUGUUGUCAACACCACCAGUCACGAGCUGCCCACUAUCAUCAGCACCCCUACCAUCAGCACCACCAAGAAGGCUCCCUCUGCCAAGACCACCUUCUACCCUGCUGGCAACACUACCACCAAGGCUGGCCCUACUGCCCCUGGUUCUUACACCACCACCAAGCUGCCCGUUCCUGGCAGCAGCACUGAUGUUCCCGGAAACCCUGGCUAUGAGGCACCCAGCCCUUCCACCGUGCCUACCGCCGGUGCCAGCGGCCUCAUCGCGUCUUCAGGAUUCGUCGGUGCUGCCAUGGUCGCUGCCCUGAUUGCUCUUUUCUAG